UGUCCAGUUAUGUUGCUGUGGCGAACGUUGCUAGCAAUAAGACGGUUGUAUUAUUUCUACUCCGUUCCUUCGCGACGUUGCGCGUCAUCGUAAACCUUUUAAUUCGAUAAUAAAUAUUUUAUAUUUUAUUAUAGAUAGUUUUUAAUUAUCUUAAAUAUUAUAUAACGUUAAUUGUGAACUUUAGUUUUUUAUUCUCUUUGAUAACAAGUGCUACCACAAGUGUUUAUAUAUAUAGGCAUCUCUGAAGAGCAAGAAGAUGCACGAGUUGUCUUCAUUAUCGAUUUAUUUCAUAAAAAAUUUUCACCAUCUUUUCAUAUAAGAUGCUGAUAAUUGUUUUUGCAAAAUAAUUAUAAUAUAAAUAAUUAAAAAGGGUGCCUUUUAAAUGGUUAUUUUAAUUUGGAGCAGAAAAACAUCAUUUUGACAAUUUAACGAUAAUCAGUGCCUUAUUCAAUUGAUGUCAUGUACUACUUGUUAUAUUAUUACUAUUACGUCUUAUUAAAGCAAUAAUAGUUACAAAAAAAAUAAUAAUAAAAGUAAAACUCUAUUUACGUCAUAGUUGCUUACAACAUACAUUUACAUACAUGUAUUAUUUAAAAACCUCGAUUGAUCCUGAAUUACAUAAAAAGAUUUAGUCGAUCAAUAUAAUAACGUCAAUGUUGCCAAAUAAUAAAUAAUCGACCAUGUAAUCUGUCAAAGAGACAUGACGAAUAUCCAUGUACGAUGAUAUUAAUAGGAUUUUAUUUAACUUUAAUAAAUUUACUUUAAAGUUAUAAAAAAAUAAAAAAAAAUAAAAACAAUACAAGAGAAUUAAAGACUGAAAUAAAAUUUUUGAAAAACAAGGAGAGCAUGAAGACCAUGGGAGAUAUUGUCGCUGCUGAUUCGGUUUGUGAUGAAGGAUGUGUUCAGCAGAUUACUGGCCAAAACACCAGCAAUUCAGCAGUAGCAUCAGCAUCAGCAUCUGCUGGUAAGGAGCUUGGCCAACGAACCUUGAGAUCCUUGAAGCGAGGGUUAGGAAGAAUAUGGAAAAGACACAGAGGCAAUGCCUCGAUCACUGAAUACGAUCCCUGUUACAAGGUCGCUUAUCUUGGAAAUGUGCUUACGGGAUGGGCCAAAGGUGAGGGCUGUGUUGAAAAGCCUAUUUCAACCUUGUGGCGCAAUUACGUUAGCAGUAACAGACCAGACGUGACGAUGAGACUGACGGUUACGAAUGGUGGUCUGACGGCCACUACCAAGGACCACGGUUUGACAGAGUACUGGGCACACCGUGUUACUUAUUGUGCCGCUCCUGUCUCACACCCACGCCUCUUUGUCUGGGUAUACAGACACGAAGGGCGACGUCUCAGGCCUGAAUUAAGAUGUCAUGCUGCCCUGUGCUCAAAGGAAUCAACCGCAAGAAGACUUGCAUCAACCUUAAAUACACGACUACAUCAAGCCCUCAUUGAAUUCCGUAGGGACAAAGUAUCACGACAAAAUGCCAGGCUCUCGUUAGCGAACGCCGUUUACGAGAAUCCGUCACUUCCACGUAGGAAAAUAUUAUUGAGUACAGGUGGACAAAAUUACAGGCCACCUCUUGAAAGAUCUAAAAGUGCUCCAAAGUUAUCAGCUAUUGAAGAGGAUUCUGUGGCUGAAGAAAUUGAACAAAAGCGAUUGCUUGAGGAAUUGAGGUCAUUGGAGAAUGUAGCACGUUGCUGGCAGGAUCAGGAUGGUUGGCGAUUGGCAAGAUUGGUUGACGCUUUGAAUCGUGCCGGCGCCUCAAGCGAAUACUUGGACGAAAAUGCAAGUAUCUCAAGCGGAUGCGAGACUGCGAGUACGUCCAACAGCGAAGAGAGAGCGCUUGGUAUUGAUGAUACCAAUAAUGCGAGUGUCGACCCCGAAUCACGAUCUACCUCCAAUGGUAGAAGAGUAUUAUUCUCCGAUGACAUUGUAAGAUCUUCUUCCGGUGUUGUUAAAUUUGUACCCAGAAAUACAUCUGAGUGUUGUUCCUCUUCUUCUUCAUCAUCAUCAUCGUCAUCAUCUUCAUCUUCAUUUUCAUCUUCUUCCUCUUGUUCGUCUUCUUCGCCUUCAAAUUUCAUUGUGUGUUCGGGAGGAAAUACAAGAUUUAUUAAUUGUGGAAGAACCAUCGGUAUUAGAAAAAUAUACUCAUCCUUGAUGGCAGGUGACGAUGACGAUUUAACGGAGGAGGAAAACGAACAACGUGAAAUAAAUCAAUCUUCAAAUCCGGUAUUUGAGUUUGAGGACAAUCAAGUAUUUAGUGAGGUCGUCGACUACAGGCCUCACGGAGAAAGUUCAGCUAGAUUGGAAAAUACUAUAACCGGAAGGAGGAUGGAAGUGAAAGCAACAUCAGCAGCAGCAACAGCAGCCUCAGCCGUAACAGCAAUGCCGGCAACAGCAACAGACGAAAUUUAUUCAGACUGUGUGGUUGUUAAUCAAGUAAAUAAAUUAUUUGAAACAAUAAAAGAAUCAUCUUUUGUAACUCUUGAUUCAUUGGAUGAAGAAGAAGCUGAUAGUGAUGAAAGUGGAUAUGUUGAAGCACCACCAAAAUCUCUUUUAGACAUAAACAAUGACUCGUCAUCAGAUAAAUUUAAUGAUAAUGACAAUGAUUUAUCCUCUAAGAUGAACAUUAAAUCAGAUCAUCAUUAUUUUAUACCUACUGAGGAAAAUGAAAAAUCUUCAGAAAAAGUAAAUGAUAAUAAUAAUAGUACUCGCCAAGACAAAAAUAUAAUCAUCAGUAACAAUACUUGUGAUAAAAUUCAAGAACAAUAUCAAGAUUCGAUUUCUCGACAUAAAGAUCGGGAAAUAGUUGACUUUAUAACGAGUCCAAUAUCUGAAACAAUUAAAAAAUUAGCAAAUGCAUCACUUAAAAAUUCUAAAUCAAUUGAAUUAUCAAGUAGUAAUUGUCUCAAAGCAUUAAAUACAUUUAGACAUACAAAAUCAUUCGAUGGCACUAAAACAAUAAUAAAUUAUGAUGAUGAGCCAUCACCCAGUCUUGAUCAACGAAAGCAAUUGCUCGCCAAACAGGGAGUUAAAGUUUGAACAAUUCAAUAAUUAACACAAUGGCUUUUGUUGCUCAAUAUUUCGUCUGUAUAGAAUUUAUUUGUGAAUAAAUGUCCGCAAUCAGGAUGACAACUAGUCCAUUUAAAUCACUGCGUACUGGUCGAAUUGCGAAAAAGUUACAGAAUAUAAACUACAAUAAUUACUAUUAUUAGCAUAAUAAUAGUGAGUGCUAGCGUGUACGCAUGCAUAUUUUUACGGGGUAUUUGAUCUCUGUAUAAAAAAAAACAAAUAAAAAAAAAAAACGCAAAUUUUAAAUUAAUAAAUGAAUGAAUAUAUUUAAUAAUAUAACGGAUUGA